CGUUCAGAACGAAGCAUGUCUUCAACGAUUAAUUACAAGUUCCGGAUGCUCUUUUGUCACAAUGUAUACUAUGUACAUAUGUAUAUAUGUUAGCGUAGUUAUUAGUAACCGACAGGUCUCUACGAUAUCUCUAGUAGGAUUAAGAACCAUAUUAAGUUUCUCAAUAACUACAUUGCAGUUGUGAGGACAAACUCCAUACAUACUCUUAGCCUCUGAAGGCUUAUUGAGGAUUGAGAAUGAUUACUAAAUUUAACUUUUCUUAACUUACAGAAAUAUUGCUUAUUUAGAUUUGCAGAACCAAAAUUCUCCAAAUCACUGUCUUAUCGCUGCUACCCUCGUAUGAAGUAUGCAAAAUGUUUUCGAAGAGAUUAGCUGAAACCGUUAAACGAAGACGACAUAUUUUAAUUCUUAAUAAGCUUUGGCCGUGAGAGCACUCAAGCGUACAGUGUGUCCACAGCAUUGCAGUGCCAUCAGCAAAGAAUACAACAAAAGUUGCAAAAACAAUAGCAAAUUACAUAAAUCUUGAGUGCUUGCAGAUUGUACGAAAAAAGGGCAAAGAAAAAAAUUCAAAUAUUUUAGGCACAAAUCUCCAGUGUCUUACACACUCUCCGACAGACGAAAAUAUAUCAAGUAUAAGAAGAAAGCGUGCGCACAUAAAUUACAAAUUAACAUACUUAAUGUAAUUACAAACGCUGCCAUUCUCGCGCAUAUUUACACGCUAAGCUCACGCCUGCGAGCCUGUCAGCCACGUUACCCGACCACAUCAAUACCAAUACCGAUGGCGGCGCAUUCAUACGCAACAUUCGCUGGACCGACUUGUCUCCGCCGCUACUGGCUAAUAUGCUGCCAAAUAAUACUGUUCGCUUGUUUUCUGUUCUUGCUAAUAGUAUUAUUACGCCCGUCGUACAUCUUGACCAACGGCAAUGACAACGCGUACAACAACAACAUUAGCAGCAACAGUAGUACGCAACGUGACGGCGAUUUUCCAACGCAAAUUCGCAAUAAAUUAGAGGAAAAUCCCAAUAGUCAGCAGGAAGCGCCACAUCACCACAACCGAAGCGUUGAAGGCAACGUUGUUGUUGUUGGUGGUGUGGUCGGUGGUUUACUUGACGACCACAACAAUUUGCCCAAGUCACGCAACGCUGCUGGACGCGACUACGGUAGAAAAAAUGCUUGGCCUGCGAAUAACUACGCGCCCGCGGGUUCCACAUUCGUUACGGAGGACGGCGAGGAAAUUAUUACUAGCAGCGCUAGGAUUCUGCAUAACAGUGAAGUUAACAACGGAAAUGCAGUGGAAAAUAAAACUAGCACACAGGAUCCUAUCAAACGCGCACCACUGGGGAAUAUAUUGAAGAGCAGACAGAAAAAGUUCAUCAUUUUUAGUGGAGCUGGCGUGGUGAAAUACGUCGUGGGUGUAUCUUUUCCAAUUCCUCUCACCGAUCCGCAUCGCUCAUUUAAUCACUACUACAAUUUACAAAUCCAAUAUCCAAACCUGCCGAGGCCGCUCUAUUGGUGGAAUUUUUUCAAUUCUAGUAGUUUUGCAGCUCGUCGCCGACAGCGUCAACUAACGGAGGCCACCCAUAUGAAACUCGAUCCACAUAUUAAACACGAUGCAAGUCGUGAAUUUAUUUACAAAGGAAUCGAGCAAAUUUUUGAACAGCAAGGUCUACCGGGUGAAUUCUGUUUACAACAAGCCAUCUGUGAAGUCUCCCAACUGCCGUUUCAUGUGCCACGAAUUUGGCGUAAUGAUUUGAGACACUUUUGGCAGGCCAUAAUCAAUGCUAUAUUAAUACCCACUGUACCCAAUGUGGAUAUGAAAUAUUUGCAUGCCAGCCAAGCGGGACGUUUCGGUGUUGACUGUCAACAAGCGUUUAGUCAGUGCCCACAAAGAGUAAAUGAGUGGCUGCGCAGAGUGGUCAAUAUUUGAGAUACGAAAUCAUUUAAUGAGAGCUGACCAAAAGCUGUGCAAAUGCAUUGACUAAACAAGCUUGUAUAUUUAUUGUACCGUUAAACUAAAAGCGUUGAUGAAAUAGUAGUCUAAUAAAAUAUAUAUUUUUUUUUGAAUUUUAUAAAAUUUAAAGCAAAGAUAAAAUUGGAAAAACUUUCUAAAAUCCCCAAGGGGAUGUUUGCAUCCUCUCAAAAAGCAAAACUGCUGACUGCACGAAAAAUCAGCCUAUUUACAUAAUCUAACCUAACCUAAUCCCAAAGUGACGUUAUAAAACCGGAGGGACAAAAAGGUUUUUAGAUGCAGUUGAUUGUUUAUUGACUUAAGGGAUAUUCGAAUCCCUCGGAAACCGUAAUGUAUAAUACAAUAAAAUCAAAUCAAAACAGUUUGUAGACGUCACUUUGGCUACUCUACAGAUGGCAAGAACAUUCCAUCGUUAUAAAAUUCAAAUGCUAUUCUUUGGUAAUAGACUAAAAUUAAAAAAAAGAGCAAGCAAUUUGUAUGCUUUCUCGUUGCUUUUUAUUGUACUACAUUCCCACCGUCAGAUACCUAUUUGAGUUAACUUCCAAGAAUCGAACUAUUUCGACAAGGUUGCAAUAUUGAGAAAAAAUGGCUGAAAAAGAUGUGGGAGCUUCAAGAGCUUUGCGGAUGGUUUCUUUAAGCGGCGUAGCUGUUUGGAAUGACAGGAUUAAAAGUAGAGCUUUAUAACCGAUACUCGGAAAACAAUAUGUGAAAGUGUU